GAUGAAAAGACAUCGAUAAAGAUGGCAGUGAACAAUUAAUUGGUCCGUCGUCAUCGGACCGACUCCAUAUUGAACAGUAAACCAAAACUUCGCGUUUCAACGAUUUAUUGAAUUUUUUAAAAACUGAUUUGGAGGUCAUUGCUACCCUUUUUGGGUCAGCAGUAAACUAAUACCCCAGGAUGGCAGAUUUCAUAGACUCUGAGGCGGAAGAAAGUGAGGAUGAGGAGGAGUUGGAUCAUGUCCAAAAAAAGAAACUCAAGAAACUGAAGGCAAUGGAAAGCGAUGAUGACGAAGAAGAUGAUGAGGAAGAAGUUGUGCCGGAUCUGAUCGACGAUGAGCCCAUUGAAGAGGAUGACAGCGACAACGACUCGGACGGAUCAGGUGGCUCAAAAAAACGCAAGAAAAGUGACGAUGAAGAGUUCGAUGACCGACUAGAAGACGAAGACUACGAUCUCAUUGAAGAAAAUCUGGGAGUCAAAGUUGAAAGGAAACGUUUUAAACGCCUGAAACGGAUAGUAGAUGAAGAAUCAGACAAUGAAGGAGCAGAAGCUGAUGAAGGAGAGGAAAGAGAAGCCAUUGCUAAUGAACUAUUCGAUGUUGGAUCCGGAGAUGAAGUAGAUGAGAGGGAUGAAGAACCAAGUUCAGAAAGAGGAAGAAUAGAUCAGGAUAACUACGAUGAAGAAGAGGAGGAGGGAGAAUACGAGGAUGACGGAUUCAUAGUCGACGAUGAAGGAAGACCCAUUGCUGAAAAGAAGAAAAAGCGAAAGCCUAUAUUUAAUGAUGCGGCACUACAAGAAGCACAGGAUAUUUUCGGUGUGGACUUCGACUAUGAUGAAUUUGACAAGUACGGAGAAGAUGAGUAUGAGGAAGAGGAAGAUGAAUACCUUGAAGAAGAAGAUGAAGAAAGUGAAAAGAGGCACAAACCUAAGAAAGCUCCGAGAAAGAAAUCAACUAGAAAAUCUAUUUUUGAAAUUUAUGAGCCUAGUGAAUUGAAGCGGGGACAUUUUACCGAUCUUGACAAUGAGAUAAGAAAUACAGACAUUCCGGAACGUAUGCAGUUGCGUGAAAUUCCUGUAACAUCUGUACCGGAAGGAUCUGAUGAAUUAGAAGAGGAGGCCAAAUGGAUCUACAAGCAUGCUUUCCAGAAGUCAACUAUAACUCAACAAGUUCGAAGUUAUGAGGAUGGACCAGAAAGACCCCCAAGAAAAGGCCCUCAAACAGUUGGAAAAAUCAAGAAGGCAUUGGAUUUUAUCAGAAACCAGCAUUACGAAGUUCCUUUUAUUGCAUUUUACAGAAAAGAAUAUGUGCAGCCUGAGUUGACAAUCAAUGAUUUAUGGAGAGUUUACAAAUUUGAUGCCACUUGGUGUCAACUGCGGACCAGAAAAACAACUCUCAUAUCAUUGUUUGAAAAAAUGCGAGAUUACCAAGCCGAUCAACUAAUGAAGGACAUUGACAGCCCUAUUCCCGACAGUGUGCGAGUCAUUAAAGACGAAGACAUUGACAGACUGAAAGCAGUGCAGACAACUGAAGAACUGAAAGAUGUGCACUCGCAUUUCCUGUUGUACUAUUCGCACGAGGUGCCAGCCAUGCAGGAGUCGGUGAUAAAGAAGGAGAGGGAGAUAGCGAGGUCGGCGCGCAGAGCAGCUAAGCUGAAAGCGAUGGAAGAGAGAGAGGAGGAGGAUGGAGUGGAGAGGCCGGUGGAGAUUGACGAUGACGAUGAGGAGCCGCCCACUCAGGACACCACUGUCAAGCAGGCCAUCCGCUCUGGUCCCUAUUCUAUGUGCAGGAAGGCUGGAAUAGAUGGAUUCGCGAAAAGGUUUGGUUUGACGCCCGACCAGUUCGCCGAGAAUAUGCGAGACAACUAUCAAAGGCAUGAAGUCGAACAGGAACCGUCGAGUCCUCUAGAACUAGCCAAGGAAUAUUGCUCAAAUAAAUUUCCAAAUGCCGAUGAAGUGCUAAGAGCUGGCAAGUAUAUGGUAGCCACCCAACUAGCCCGUGAACCUUUGGUGAGAAGUUGUGUUAGAGAAACGUUUUUCGAGCGUGCCAAAUUCGAUGUUAAACCGACCAAGAAAGGAAUCAAGGAAAUUGAUGAGAACCAUCCUUGUUUUUGCAUUAAGUACAUCAAAGAUAAACCAGUGAGAGAUCUGGUUGGAGAUCAGUUCCUGAAAUUGUUCAUUGCAGAGGAAGAUAAGUUGCUUACUUUUACUAUCAACGAACAUAUAGAUGGCCUCACAAGUUCAUCUUACCUUGAAGAAGUCAAGCAGCUUUACUACAGGGAUGAAUUCAGUAAGCAUGUACAAGAUUGGAACAGUCUUCGAGCUGAAUGUGUUGAGAUAGCUCUCAAGAAGAUGCUGAUCCCUGAUCUCAUUAAAGAACUCAAGCAGCAGCUUUUGAACGAAUCGAAGGAAUGUGUUCUAAAGGCUGCUUGUCGUAAACUCUACAGCUGGAUUAAGAUGGCGCCGAUCAAAGUGGAGUUUGGAGAUGAUGAUGACGAGGAAUGGGACACAAGCAAAGGGCUGCGUGUGAUGGCCGUGGCCUACGUGCCUGACUUCUCGCAGGCCUCGUUCGCCUGCCUCGUCUACCCGGACGGCGACUGCUCCGAGCACCUCCGGCUGCCCGCCCUGCUCAAGCGCAAGAACUCCUUCCGCGAGGACGACAAACUGCAAAAGGAAGCUGAUCUGCUCGCUCUGAAAAAUUUUGUGCUGUCGAAAAAGCCGCAUGUGAUUGUGAUUGGUGGAGAAUCGAGAGAAGCGCUGAUGGUGAGUGCAGAUUUGAAGGAGAUUGUGACGAACCUGGUCGAAGAUGAGCAAUUCCCUCAGAUUCCUGUCGAGAUAAUCGACAAUGAGCUGGCAAAGAUCUACGCCAACUCUAUCAAGGGCGAGAAUGACUUGAGAGAUUACCCAUUGGUCCUCAGACAAGCUGUUUCGUUGGCCAGAAGAAUAAAAGAUCCACUUGUAGAGUUUUCUCAACUUUGCACCACAGACAACGAAAUUAUGUGCCUACGCUUUCAUCCUUUACAGGAACAUCUGAACAAAGAAGAACUACUAGAAGCCUUACACUUGGAAUUUGUGAAUCGUACCAACGAAGUGGGAGUGGACAUCAACUUCAUAGUGGCGAACGUGAACAGCGGCAACCUGGUGCAGUUCAUCUGCGGUCUGGGGCCGCGAAAGGGCGCCGCGCUCAUCAAACUGCUCAAGCAGACCAAUCAGCGACUCGAGAACCGGACGCAGCUCGUCACAGCCUGUCACAUGGGACCGAAAGUCUUCAUCAAUUGUGCCGGUUUCAUCAAAAUCGACACCAAUUCGUUGGGUGAUAGUACGGAGGCGUACGUGGAAGUGUUGGACGGGUCGCGCGUGCACCCUGAGACGUACGAGUGGGCGCGCAAGAUGGCGGUGGAUGCGUUGGAGUACGAGGACGACGACGCCAAUCCGGCCGGCGCCCUGGAGGAGAUCCUGGAGGCGCCCGAGCGACUCAAGGACCUUGAUCUCGAUGCCUUCGCCGAGGAGUUGGAAAGACAGGGCUUUGGUAAUAAGAGCAUCACUUUGUACGACAUAAGAUCCGAAUUGAACCAUAGGUACAAGGAUAUGAGAACUCCUUUCCAGUCGGCCAAUCCCGAAGAACUGUUCGAUAUGCUGACCAAAGAGAAUCCGGAAACAUUCUUUAUUGGAAAAAUGAUCACUGCCACUGUUACAGGUAUUCAACAUAAGAAACCUGAAGGCGAUCAACUUGACCAAGAGAAUCCAGUCAGAAACGACGAGACUGGACUUUGGCAAUGUCCCUUCUGUUUGAAGAAUGACUUCCCUGAGUUGUCUGAGGUGUGGAACCACUUUGACGCAGGCGGUUGCCCCGGGCAGGCAGUCGGUGUUAGGAUCAGACUGGACAACGGAGUGAACGGCUACAUCCACAUCAAGAACCUGUCCGACGAACACGUGACCGACCCCAAGGAGCGAGUGGCGCGCGGUCAGCUCAUCUACUGUCGCAUCACCAAGAUCGACGUCGAGCGAUUCUCCAUCGACGCCACCUCCAAAGGAUCUGACCUGUCCGAUAGGAAGAACGAAUGGAGACCUCCAAAGGAUCCAUUCUACGAUCAUGAAGCAGAAGCUAAAGACAUACAAGUGGAAGAGGAAGCAAAGAAAGUGAAACAAAGACAGACUUACAUGAAACGUGUGAUUGUUCAUCCUGCAUUCCAUAAUAUUUCCUACGCUGAAGCAGAUAAACUCUUGGCCAAUAUGGAACAGGGAGAAGUUAUCAUCAGACCAUCUAGUAAGGGCUCGGACCACUUGACAGUCACCUGGAAAGUAUCGGACGGAAUCUAUCAACACAUCGACGUCCGAGAAGAAGGCAAGGAGAACGUGUUCUCGCUCGGCCAAACUCUUUGGAUCGGCGCCGAGGAGUUUGAAGAUCUGGAUGAAAUCAUCGCCAGACACGUGAACCCGAUGGCUGCCUACGCCCGUGAUCUGCUCUCUUUCCGCUACUAUCGUGAUACGGACGGAGGACAAAGAGAGAGGGCCGAAGAGUUCCUCAAGGAUGAGAAAAAGAAAAACGCCUCCAAGAUACACUACAUAGUUUCCGUAUCAAAGUCGUAUCCAGGGAAAUUCCUGCUGUCGUAUUUGCCCCGUAUCCGCUGCAAACACGAGUUCGUGACGGUGACACCAGAAGGCUUCCGGUUCAGAGGACAGAUGUUCGACAAUGUGAACUUGCUGUUCCGGUGGUUCAAGGAGCAUUUCAGGGAUCCCAUACCGGGAGGCAUGAGCAACACCCCCAGCACUCCCAGAACUGGCCUUAUGACCAACCGGACUACUCCUUUUGUUCCGCAUACGCCUAGCAUGAAUCUGGGUGCUAUGAACCCGGAUGCAAUCCACAGAGUGGCUCAACAGAUGCCCAACCAUAUGCUACACAACCUGACACAGGUCGCCUCCCACACGCCACACUACGCACACACGCCAGGCGGAUACACCAUACCUACCUAUCCCAACACGCCGUACACACCGUCGGGCCAGACGCCGUUCAUGACGCCCUACCACGGCGGCAUGUCGUCGAUGACACCGCGCUACGGACACCAGACACCGUCGCACCACCAGGGAGGACACCACCAGCACCAUGCACAGGGAGGACAGCACCAGCAGCAGCAGCCGGGCACCUUCCUGCACCCGGGCAGCAUCACUCCCAGCCUGACACCACGUGGUGGAGGUGGUGGUGUUGGUGGUAGUGGGGGCGAUGCGCCCACCGACCCCAUGGACUGGCGCAAGCGCGCCGAGGAGUGGGCGCGGCAGAAAGCCAGUCAGCAGCAGCCGCCGGGCGCACAAACGCCGCGAUCGCAGGACGGACGCAGUACACCGCGCUCUGGUGGCACUACACCAAGGUACGAUAGUCGAGAUAGUCGCUCAGGCCAUAGCAACAGAAUGAGUCACCACAGAUCACCCAGAACGCCUUCGUUCAAGCCACCUCAUGCAGCCAAUAACAAUUACGACAUGAGCUCGCCGCGAGUGGCAGGCCGCUACGACCCACAGCAGCAGCAGCAGUUGGGAUACAACAGCAAGUCACCUCGCUACACGCAGUCGCCGGCACCAUCCACACCCCGCACCAUCAACUCACCCCGCUCCAUGGUCGAAAGCUCUCUCGGCGACGCCACGCCGCUCUACGAUGAAAACUAAAAAUGUAAUAGAAAUAGGUUGCGACAUCAACGGAUUUACUUCUAUUGUGAUGGAAGUUGAAAAUGAGCAUGUUAUAGAAUUAUGGUUCGAUUAGUUUCAAAUUAUUUAAUUAGGACUUAUUUAUUAAUAAAUUUCAUCAACGUUUUUCUAUUUUAAUAAGUUUGUAGUAUAGUGUUUUAUCGUUUGGUGGAGUUCUUAUAAUAAUUUUUUGUUCAAGUCAAUUCGACGAGUAAUAUUUUACUUUUGAAUUCAUCAUUGUGUCAAUCCAAGUGCUAAUUGAAGUGAAUAAACGUUUAAGUAACUGAUAUUUGGUUAUUCAUAGGUUAUUAAUAUUAUGGCUGGUCAAAAAUUAGAAUUUUUAUAUUUUGAAUAAAAGCAUUGACUGAUAUUUUGAAGAAUUCUUAGUAGCAUUAUAAUGUCUACGAAAUCAUAUACCAUGUGUGAAGUCCUUAAAGUAUCAGUUGUAAUAAAAUAUCGUGCUUUCAACAUUUUUAACUGUUGAAUUAAUAAUUUAUAUGAGUAAAUAUUAUCCUAUUGAUAAUCAUUUUUAUAAUCACUGCUAUUCGUUCAAGAAUUCGCCAUUCUUUUAACAGAACUCAUGAAUAAUACUGUAUUCAGCAUUUGAUCAACAAACAAAAAUAUUUUCUAGAAAAUCUUGAAUUUCUUAUUUUUUAAGAAUGCGAUAUUUUAAUGAAUCAUUGAAUCAAUAAUCUAAAUAGUAAAUGCCAAAACAUCACGUGCUUUCGCAGAUUAUUCCCUUCUUUUAAUCUGCAAUAAAUAAUUAAAUAAUAUUAUAUAUUAUAAAAAUGAGCAUCCGUUUUUAGAAAGAAUUUUAGAGUAAAUAUAUUAUGUACUCCUGUGUACAUAGCCAUGUAACACAUGCAAUUACUGUCAGAAAUAAAUUAUAUUGAAAUAGUAUUUA